AUGAAUGAGAGGGGGGCAUACACGGUCCGGCCAAUGCUACCUGAUAUGGACUGCAACCGUGAAUUUGAGGAAGAAGAGGAUAUAGAAGAGGAUUUUGAAGAGGCAGAUGCAAGGGUAGAUGAAGCUGGUGAACAAAAUGAAUAUAGGGUUCACCAUGAAGAAUUUGUGAUGCCUCCUCAGAACACACAUGUCGGUCACAGGAGGGUACGCGACGUGCAGCCAUUAGCGUACAUGGUUGAUGUUGAAUCCGGUCAUAUCAGAACUGAAGUUGAAAGUUCACUCGAGGGCACCCGAUGGCAUGGUGUAUCAGAAUUUGGGAAAGGUAUGAUUUUCAACACAAAGGAUGACCUCAUUCACUCCGUGCGCGUCCACCAUGCGCAAACACACCACAACUUCAAGGUGGUGCAAUCGACCCCAACAACGUGGAUGGUUAGGGGCAAUGAAGACGAGACCUGUGUUUGGUGGUUGCGUGCAAGUCAACGUAAAAAGCAUGGGCUAUUUGAAAUUACACAACACAAAGGGCCACAUACAUGCAUAAAUGAGACUCUCUCGCAGGACCACCCACAACUGAAGUCUAGCUUAGUUGCAAAUGAAGUCGUAGAAAUUAUCAAAAGUGAUGUCGGUGCUUCUAUUGCAGCUUUGCAAGCACACUUGAGGUCAAAAUACCAGUACCAUGUAUCGUACAGAAAGGUAUGGCUCGAGAAGCAAAUGGCAGUUUCAAGGGUGUUUGGAGAUUGGGAUAUUUCAUAUCAACUGCUUCCAAAAUGGAUGCAUGCUAUGUGUGAAACAAAUCCCGGUACAAAGGUGAAGUGGGCGUGGACAGAAAUCCUUGAUGCUAACAACGUUGCUAUUUUGACAUGUGUGUUUUGGUCAUUUGCAACAUCAAUAGAGGGAUUUCGUCAUUGUCCUCCAGUUCUCUGUGUGGACGGAACACACUUGUACAGAAAAUAUAAAGGUAAAUUAUUAAUUGCAAUGGCCCCUGAUGCAAAUCAACAAAUAUUUCCAGUAGCGUUUGCCAUCGUUGAGGAGGAGAGUUUGCGCAUAUGGUCCUGGUUCCUUAAGUGCAUUCAGGAUGAAGUGAUUGAUCGCAAUAAUUUGUGUCUUAUAUCAGAUAGACAUGUCGGUAUUCUUGCUGCCGUUCGUCAGAACGAUGACUGGCAACCGCCGCGUGCGCACCAUCGGUUUUGCUUACGUCACAUUGUUAGAAACUUCAACCAGAGGGUGCACAAUACGAUGCUCAAGCGGAUGGUUGAAAUAGCUAGUAGGGAGCACCAAGUUAGGAAAUUCAAUAGUAUGAUGGAAAGAAUCCUAACAGAGGGUGGGCCAAUUGCAAAGUCCUUUUUUGAAGAGAUACCUCCUCACAUGUGGACGCAAUGUCACGAUGGUGGUCGAAGGUAUGGAAACAUGACCACAAAUCUUGUUGAAUGUUUUAAUGCCGUCUUGAAAGGAACUCGUAGUCUACCAAUAACGGCCAUUGUCCAGAUGAUAUUUUAUCGCGUUGCACAGUACUUUAGUACCCGCCGAGAGGCAUCUCGCCAAGCAAUGGAGUCGGGGAAUGGUUACACACCACAUAUGUAG